AUUCACACUAGCUUUCCUCUUCUCAUCGCAUCCCUUGUAAAUUUUUAUCUCAGAAACGUGCAGCAGAGAAAAUACAAAAUGGGACUCUGCCGCUUUCUCUUCUUCGUCGUUGUUGUGCUGCUUUUCUCCUCAUCUUCCUCAGUUGACGCCUGCGACCGAUGUCCUCACCACUCUAAGGCUGCUUUUUUCUCCUCCGCAUCCGCCCUAUCCUCCGGAGCUUGUUCUUAUGGUUCCAUGGCUACGGCUUUCUUCGCCGGUCACAUCGCCGCCGCCGUUCCUUCCAUCUACAAAGACGGCGCUGGCUGCGGUGCUUGCUUUCAGGUCAGAUGCCACAACCCCACUCUUUGCAGCACCAAAGGAACCACGGUGAUGGUCACCGACCUCAACAUGAGCAACCAAACCGAUCUCGUCCUCAGCAGCAGAGCCUUCAGGGCCAUGGCCAAACCGGUUGUCGGGGCUGACACAGAUCUUCUCAGACAAGGCAUCGUCGACGUUGAAUACCACAGAGUUCCUUGCGAUUACGGAAACAAGAAGAUGUUGAAUGUUAGAGUUGAAGAAUCAAGCAAAAAACCAUACUACUUGGCUAUAAAGCUCUUGUACCAAGGAGGCCAAACCGAAGUCGUAGCCAUCGACAUUGCUCAGGCUGGUUCCUCCAACUGGAGUUACAUGACACGAAGCCACGGCGCCGUAUGGGUCACUGACAAUGUACCCACCGGACCUCUUCAGUUCAGGUUCGUGGUGACAGCUGGCUACGACGGAAAAAUGCUCUGGUCUAAGAAGGUUCUUCCUGCCAACUGGGAAGCCGGCAAGACCUACGACGCCGGCGUUCAGAUCACCGACAUUGCUCAGGAAGGUUGUGAUCCAUGCGACGAUCACAUCUGGAACUGAUUUACUUACUCUCCUUUUUUCUUUCUUUCUUUUCUUAGAAGCAUAUGUAUAAAUAAUCAAGCAUAUUCAUUAUUAAGUGAGUUUGUACCAGAACUAUUACUAAACAAGAGAACUAAGAAAGAUUUUUAAAAGGGUGAUGGACA